AGAUUCCCAAGCUACUUCUCACCACCACUGCAUUCAUCAAAAUGCUCUACCUAGCAGUAGAAACAACGCGCAAGCUAACAAAAGCGAUGAAACAUCUGCAUAUCACUCCUUUAGGUUGAUACAACUAGCUCUUCGUUCGUGGCUGCCACGCUGCUCCACUAUGUGCAUUCCCUUUAUCUUUCUCAUCUGCAUAAAGGAAAUGCUGAUACUCUCAAAUUCCACGUCAAUUCUUUGUAACAAGCAUCGAGAGGCUGAUCCUUUUUCUCACCAUCUUUACACAUUAUCGAGUCAUCUGCCUUUGCCAUGGAUGCUCAGAGGCGAGCACCGUCAGUAGACAUGUCGUCAAUUCCGCUGAAGGACAUGCUUUCACCGGCUCCGUCGUAUAGCUCUACAUUCCUUUCGCAUGUCAUUCCUUUCACUCCUCAACACGACACUCUUGCUGGGAAAUCACAAUGCGGCACAUCAAACAACCCCUACUACCAACCCACCACGCCUGAGUCGCCAUCCUCGAUCCGUCACUCAAGCACCAGACCAUCGUCAAAGAAUGCGGAAGAAGCCCGUGUCAAGCCCGAUUACCAGGACACAAACCAUCCCCACUUUGCACGAUCUGCUAGACCAGGCUUCCCAACCACACUUCCCGCACGAAGUCGAAUGCCUCGGAAAUGCAUUCUUGUGCCGUGUGUACUAUUUGCUGUCUUCUUUCUCGUAACGAUAUGGUUCACCUCAAUCUUGCUUGGCGCCUGGUUCUUAUCCAUCGUUCACACCACAUCGCCGGCUCCUACAGUGCAGGAGAUUUAUCUCUAUAUCGACGGAGAAGCCCCUCAGGGAAGCCUCUCUAUAUCCACAAACACCGUUGCCUUACCCACGAGUAAUGUUACCCUUACUACAAAAUCUCCGAUCCCAACGGAACCGAUAGGCCAAACACUGCCUGACAUGAGCAAGGGCAUGGACAGACUUUCUACGUCAAGCGAAAGACGCACUGUGCCAGCGCCUACGGGUUUUGCAACCAUUACGAGAAGAGGACCAUGAGGAAGACUUUUACGCCCAUUGAAGCCGCCCCACUUCAGGCGCUGAGACAGCGCGUCAUGGAGUGCAGCCUCAUAAAAGGCAGCA